GCCAUGGGGAGGAAGUAGCCAUUUUGUGUCAACAGCAGCUUGCUUGUUAGGUGUGGCCUGGUGGUGCACCCUGGUGGCAGUUUGGUGAUCUCAGGUAUCAAGAGCAUGGCAGGAGCCCUGGUGGACCAGGUGGUUAGAAAGGACCAUGAUGAGUGAUGAUGAGUAAUUCCGGUGGUGAGAGCAGCCUAGGCUGUGGAAGUUCCUCUGAAUGUUGGAGUGAGGAGGCUCAUAGACACUUGGAGCUGCAGGUAUUGCAGAGCUGCUGCUAUAGUUCCCCACCAGCCAGCAGUCAUCAAGGGCACUGAGGGAAGGAACAGUCCCAUCUUGCACCUGACAAAGACUGAGCUUUAGAUGAGGACUUGUUGUUCAUUAAGGAGAAGCUUAUGUCAAAAUCUGGAAUGUCACUGAAUGAAGAUAAUCCAGAAACAACACCACUUAAAGUUAUAGAGAAGGCAGACACAGCACACACUGGCCCAGAGAGUGGCAGUGGUAGUGAAAGUGAUUACCUUGCAUCUGGCAGUAAAACACAAAUGGAUAGCACAAAGAACUCAAAAGUCACCGCCACUGAGAGUAACACAAAAAGGUCUGCCGAGUCAAAGGAAGUAAAAGUCACUGCUUCUGGGAGUGAGGAUAGCAAAGGGAAAGCUAGGGGCACUGACACAUCAGAUAAGGACCAGACAGGAAUACUGACUGAAGGCUUCUGUGGGUUUGAAGAUGCUGAGAGUCCCAUUGUAACCAGAAGCACCAGAGAAGCAAGCAGGAAUGCAACAGCCAUUCUGACUAAAAAGUCCUCUUCCAAACUAGACAAGAGUGAGAGGAAGAGUGAUUCUCCCCCAGAUUUGGUGCUCUUCCUGAAGGAGGGGAGGGGACGUGCACAGAACUACAGUGACCCACCCAGGCUUGACCCAGAGAGCAUAGCCACUCGUAGAAGGACAAGGGUGCCUGAAGACCCACUGGCACUGAUUUCUAAAGCAAGACCAACAGUGCCAGCAGAGAAAAUUAAAAAAGACCAAAAGGAAAGUGGCAAGAAAGAGAGGAAAGCCAAAGUGAUGGAGACACCAGAGUCUUUGAAAAGGCUAGCAAGGGAAGGAAGCAAAGCAGGACAUUUGAGUGGGAAGGAAUCUUCAGAUAGUGGUAGUGAGGAGAAGACUCUGAAAAAGACAUACAGUAAAGGUGCUGCAGAGGGUGACAUUAAGGUGAGGUCUAAAGAAACUUCCACAGGAUCUGAAGAGGAGCAACCUGGCAACAUCAGUAGAAGAAGCACCAGGGGAAAGAGGAACUCCACUGAUGAACCAGAAGAACUUGUUAGUGAAAAUCCAAGGGCUAACCCACCUGCCAGAGACUUGAUUGACAGCCAUACAAGCUAUUCUAACCUUGACACCAUCCUUAAUAAGAUGACCAAGAACAAUGCUGACAGAAGGAUUCCUGUUGUGAUUAUGUCAAAAUCUGAAAAGGGACUUAAAAAUGAUGCAGCCAAACCUAAAAGUAAGAAAAAAGCUCCAUCUGAUCAAAGCCCAAACACUGCAGUCCUAAAGAUUGCUUCCAUGGCUCUUCCACCCAUCAUGGCAAUGAAACCCAGUGGCACACAUGAUGAAUCCCAUUCCAGUGAUGAAGCAAACUCCAAGCCUUCUACACCAGAGGUCAACAAAUCUGUGACCAAACCAUGCAAAGACACUGGUAUGGAUUCAGAAACUGAUCACGAUAUCAUUGUUCUGAAAGUUACUAGUGAUACAAAACCUGAAGAAAAAGAUACAUUAGCUAAAACUAAGGAUAAGACAGUUAGCAACAUUCCCAGUGAGAGCAGCAGUAAUGCAGCUGAGAAGAUUCAAGUGAAGCAUACUAUUGUUGACACCACUAGCAAGGAGCAAGCUAAGACUGAUAAUGUACCUGGAGCUCAGGAGGCUGCAGCUGGUGGAUCUUCUCAGCCAGCAGUCUUGAGAGCAGUUCAAGGAAAUUCUUCUAUUAGAUUUAAUUCUGCACCUCUCAAAUCAGGCUUGGUCUCAAAACCAAUCAAGUCAAGUUUAAUAAUUUCAUCUGUUAAUCCAGACUCAAGUAAUCCACCUGUCAGGCCAAGACCGCUGCCCACACCCAUCAGGCCUAAUCCAUUUGUACCACACGGCAAACCAAAGCCAAUCAUGUCAUCCAUCAAACCAAGCCCUGUCCCGUCACCCAUCAGAUCAGGGCCAGUCAUGCCAUCCACCAAGUCCAGUACAGUCACUUCACCUGUCAAGUCAGGCACAACCUCUUCACCUGUCAAGUCAGGCACAACCUCUUCACCUGUCAAAUCAGGGAUGGUGUCUUGUACAGUGACUUCACCUGUCAAGUCAGGCACAAUGACUUCACCUGUCAAGUCAGGCACAGUGACUUCAGUUGUUAAGUCUGGUACAGCAAUUUCACCCGUCAAGUCCAGUAUCACUUCAUUCAUUAAGUCCAAUACAGUCAUUCCACCAGUCAAGUCAGCCACAGUGACUUCAUCCAUUAAGCCAGGCAUUGUCACUUCAUCACCUAAGUCAGUUUCUUUGCCCAUGAAGUCGGGCACUGUCACUUCAUCACCCAAGUCAGGUCCUUCAUCCAUUAAGCCAGGCACUGUCACUUCGUCAACCAAGUCAGGUCUGUCUGUUAAGUCGGGCAUUGUCACAUCAUCACCUAAGUCAGGUCCAUCUAUCAAGUCAGGCAUUGUCACAUCAUCACCUAAGUCAGGUCCAUCCAUCAAGUCGGGCAUUGUCACAUCAUCACUUAAGUCAGGUCCAUCCAUCAAGUCGGGCAUUGUCACAUCAUCACCUAAGUCAGGUCCAUCCAUCAAGUCGGGCAUUGUCACAUCAUCACCUAAGUCAGGUCCAUCCAUCAAGUCAGGCAUUGUCACAUCAUCACCCACCAACCCAGCCGCUGUCAUGUCUCCCAUCAGUCAGAGUCAGAAGAAUCCUCCAUUCAUGGUAAGCAUGUCUCAGAUAGUCACCUUUGGAGGUGUGAAAGGGUCAGCCAAGAUGACAAACUUCACACCCAGCAAGAUGGGUCUCAAAGUGCCUUCCACAAAAGGAACAUCAACUGCUCAAAAUCUCAAAAGAGAUAUUGCCCCCAAGCCUGAGUCUUGCACCAACACAGAUUCAAGUAUGGGAGGAGAUAAGUCUCAGGGUGUACAAGCUUCCAUUCAGCCAAUGCCAAGCUGCUCCUCCCAGAAGGCAGCCAUGCUGGAUUACACAGACAUAGAGACACAGGAGGUGGUUCUUGGUGAGAGUGAUGAUUCCAGUGGACAGAUUGGCAGUGUAGGUGAUAUGCCAGAGAGUGAUAUGCUGGCCCAUGAAGAUAUGGAGAGCAGCAGUGAGGAGGACACUUUUAAGGUGCCUGAGCUUUCUAUUCUCUCAAAGAAGGAUUCUCUGUCUCCUGAGGGCAGAGUUGCUCUGGACCACUCUUACUCCUCAGGAGGCUCGGCCACCACUCGAAAAAAGUCUCCCAGUACUUAUGAAAAGAGCUUGACUCCACGCCCAGUGUACAGCAAUGCCAGUACAGCCAAGAGGUCCAUGGAUAUAAUGCUCCAUAAUGAUAAGAUAAAUAUUCUGAGACAAAUGAGUCAGAUCUUUAAUGAUGAAAGGCCACCUCAACAAAUUUUCAAUGAUGAAAAGACAGUCCAGUCUGAGGCAGAUAUCACUGUAUCAAGUUCUGAUGGGGAAGAAGAAGAAGAAGACGAGGAAGAGCCCAAUGUGUGUGUGACAAAAAGUAAAGAAAAUAGUUCACUCAUCAAAUGUAGCUCAAAGACUCCCAAAGGCAACACUAAUGAUUCUGCUAAGAAAGGCACAAGUCCAGGACAAACAUCCAAAGCUAAUAUUGCCAAUGAACAUGACUCCCUCUUCUCUGAGCACACACCCAGUAAAUCCUCAGUUGCAGAGGCAGAGCCCAAGGAAGCAGGAGACACUGCCAUGCCAACUGAUGCUGACACUUCAUCCAGCAGUGCAUCAUCCAGUUCUAACAAAGAGAACGGCUUUGGAGUUGAACCUACCCCACCGCCAAAGGGGAGGAAAGGAGAGAAUACAUUAGAAAAUGAUGUUCCAAUUAAUUUAGAUAGUCCUUUUCUGGGAUUUCCAGACCCUGAUCCCAAGGUCCAUCAUGUACCUGCUUACUCUGUUGCCCUCAAUGAGAGGAUCUUGGUGCAGAGCAAGGUGGGCCCUGUUGGGGAAAUGAUUGACAUCGUGGAUGGCUUCUCCUUCACCUCAUUUACCACAGAGCAGGAAAUGAUGUCCUAUGAUGGCACAUGCAGUGGCAAGAGUACCAAGGCACACCGUCAGUGGCUGAAGAAGCGGAGGAAGCGACGCAAGAGGUUACUGAGAUAUAAGAGAAUGCGACCUGGGGCUCGCAAGGUGCCAGCAGAGCAGGUAACAUCAAGUGUGGCCACCAGUGUUGCUUCCUCGAGAGACAAGGGCAGUGCUGCUGAUUCUGGGGCUUUUGCCAGUGAUGACUUGGACAUGUUUUUAGACAAGAAUUCACGUCUGAAUAUCAGUUACCAAAUUCCUAAGUGCAAAGUCACAGAAGAGGGAGUGUCAAAGAUUGAUGAAGAGGAGUUGCUGGAUCCCACGCCACCAGCCCCACCACCUCCAUCUCAGGCCCAUCCUCCUACAUCCAUUGCACCAAGCUCUCCUCCUCCACCACCUUCUCCCUCUCCACCCCACACACCCCCAGAGAUGGCACCUCCUGAGACCAAGACUGCCAUGGGUGUGAACCCCAACACCGGCGCCUUGGAGCAGCACGUGGUGGAGAGUGCAAAGACUGAAUCAGUUGACCAGUAUGAGGAGGUGAAUGCUAUUGACAUACUUUACCCUAAGGAGAAAUACAAGUACUACUACAACAAGGAGCUUUGUAAGGAGACGAAAGCAGACGCUUCUGAUGUGUUUGUGCGCAGGGCUGGGAAGUUAGUGCCCCUCUCCACUGUCCUCAAGUCACAGAAAAGUCCUUUACCUGAACCUACCCCCAAAAAGUCAGUAGAGCUUGUUUAUGUCUAUGACGGGGGAAAACUUCUAACACUGGGAGGCUCACUGACAAAAAUCAAUCCCUCAAAUUCUGAUUCAGUGCGUGCCAGGGUGGUGCUUCCUAUAGGUGUACCUCCAAUCCAGAGAGGGGAGACUGUGGAAUCCAUGGCCAGGAAGGUUCAGGCAGUGGAGAUCAAUGAGGACAUGGCCAAAUUUGCUCUCUCGGCACUACAAAGCUCCUACCUGAAGUCUGAAGAGACAGUAGAGAAGAAACCUGAUGGUGAGGAAGAGAGUCCACCUGUUCCUGGAUCAAGCUCAGGUGUAGAGGAGAAGAUGGAAGUAGAUGAGCCAGAGGCAGCCCCUGUGGAGAAGAUGGAGCUCACCAUCCCCAAGGUUGCUCCUGUUCCAGUUCCUCCAAAGCCUACCAAGAUAAACAUCCUGGAUAUCAUUGCUGCCAAGCUGGCCAUGUCAGAUGAGGAGAGUGAUGGAAAGGAUGAAACUGAGGAGAAAGAGAAAGCUGUUGAUGUGAAAGAUGCUGAAGGUGAUGUAAAAGAGGAUGUAGUGAACAUAAAAGAAACUUCUGGUGACAGAAAAGAGGCUGUGAGUGAUACAAAGGAAGCUUCUGGUGACCUUAGAGAGGGAGCCACCAAGCCUUCAACUGUGGAAGAAAAAGAGGAAGCUGCAGUUAAAGAAGAGAAUAAAAAUGUUAAAACUUCAGAGAAUAGUAAGGAUCUCCUUGUGAAGCAAGAGGAGCUUGAGGAAGAGAAGUCUGAGGGCACAGCAGCAGUAAAGCCCCAAGACCUGGAGGAAGGGAAAGCUGCAGAGCCCAAGGUUGAGGUGAAACAGGAAGGAGCAGCACCAAUUGAGAUUUUGUUGAGUGAUGAUGUGGAUGAUAAAGGUACGGAAAAAGACAGGUUAAGUCGCACUACUGCGGCUGCUGACUUGGUGGAUUUGGAUAAAAAAGUGGACAGAAAUGAAGUGAUUUUUGUAAAGGAAAAGAGUAAAACAAUUGAACCUGAACAGUUAACAAACAGUAAUACUGUGAGUGAUGUCUUGGUUGUGAAGGAAAAGUUUACAUCAAAGGAACUUGUAUUGCCAAAAGAAGAAAAAGGAGAGGAGGCUUUAAGACUUAAAGGAAAAGACAGUCUGAGUUGUGAAAGCUCAGAAAAGAAAGGUACAGAGAUUAAAUCCUUAGUAUCACAUGAAGAAAAGGAAACAGUGUCUUUAUGUUUAGAAGAUGAAGAAAAUGUGAGUAAGGUCUCACAACUCAAAGGUGAUAAAAGUGAAUUGGGUACUUUGGAGAAGACAGAAGAAAGGAAACUCACAACCCAGGAAGAAAAUAAGGAAAGUCAUGUAGAAAAAGACUCAAACAAAAAAGGAUCAAACCUAGACUGCAUUAGCAAAAAUUCAGUGGAGAAUCUUGAAAGAAAGAAAGUGGGAGCAGUAGAGAAGGCAGAGACAAAACAAAGAAAAGACUCAGCCCUAAGUGAAGACAAGACAAGCACAGAAACAGUAUCUGAAGCAGUAUUAAUUUCCAAGACUGGUACAAAUACACCAUCAGAGGCCUUCAAGGAAAGUGCCCAAGGGAGCACUGGUGGCAAGGACAACAUCACACCACCAGAGCCUGUUAUAAGUGUGCCAGGUGCUGGGUCAGGAACAGAGAGUCCCAGAAGCACUGGGCUGUCUUCAUCACAGGAGUCUGCUGACAGGAUGGACCUUGAGGAAAAGGAAGAGUUUUCUGAGUCAGGCACUCCAGAUACUUUUCGAGUGGACAUCAAGACUAAGGUAUUCAAGAAGAACAUGCACAGGUUCCCCUCACUAUCACGUGAAAUGAAGCGCCUCAACAUGAACUUUGUCAACUUUGUACCACCCCAUGAGUCAGUCCCAGAAGAAGAGGAAACAGUCAUCCCAGAGAUGAAGGAGAACUGUACCAAUGAGCACUGCAAGCUGGGCUGUGUCUGCGACUCACUCCUUUGUCACCGCAAAAGUGUAGAGCACUGUGGCCGUGUUGAGUGCAUGUUUGACUGCACUUGCCGUGAUGAGAGCUGGAAACUUCCAUCUGGCUCCGGGAGAACCAUGAACGCUGUGUCCAUCUUCAACCUUGACAGGGAGCAGAAGGAAGGAUUGGCACUCAGAGAAAAGGACUUUAGAAGAACUGUUAUUCAGACGGGAUCUGAGGUGAUAUUGGUUGGGGCUGAAAGAAAGAAGAGAGAAAUCAGGUUACCUGGAAGGUAUCGGGAGUCAAUUUGGACUGACUCGGACCUGGCAGGAGACAGCAUGAAUAACCCUCCAGAUGUCUUCUUGGAGCCAGGUACUCCAUUACUUGAGCCUCCAGAUUGUCCCUUGCUGCCAGACUAUCCUGGUAUUCCACUGUCUGAGGCUUCAAAAUACAUCAAAAAGUUUAAGCUGAACAUUCCUUGGUAUGACAUCAAGGGUAUCAGUAUUUGGUGCAUGGAUCACUCCUGUUAUGACUGCAGAUGUCUAACUGAUCCUGCAUUUUAUGGCACAGUCAGAGCAGAGUCCUUCAGGAAGAACUUAUUUUCAAAAGCAAAACCAGACCCUGCUGCACCCCUGCCUCCUCUCGAGUCCAACAGUGUACAGGACCCCUCACCUGAGUCCAGCAGCGUGAUGUCCCCUCAUGAGGCCAACAGUGUGAUGAAGUCUUUAGAUGAGCCCACUGCCUCCACAUCAAGUGCCUUGCUUGACUUUGAAGAAGCACUAAAACAGAAGAGCAGUAAAGGGGAAGCAUGUGAAGAUAAAGAGUUGAAAAAAAUGGCUGUUGUAAUUAAUCCAAAUUGCAGUAUUGUGAACAUCAUUGUCAAUAAUUCAGAAACCCGACGCAAAUAUACCUGGAAAUUGAAAGAAUGGUAUCAUUGUACAGAUGAGUAUUCUGCAAGGACAGCUGGAUAUACUAAGAAGAAUAUAACAGAGGAAACCAAGAACAUGACCCUCACUGGCCUUGCUGCUCGAGACACCACACCAGAACAGAUUGUCGAGUCAGUUGUGAGAAGUCUCAGACAGCAAAAAUCAUCUGAUGAAGUAAAGCUUCCAGUCUUACCAUUCAAUAAUAACUUUGAACCAUUUAUGGGUGACUCUUUAAUAAAUUUACAAAAUGCUAUAGGAUUUAACCCAAGUGCUAGCAAGAAAUCCAUAAAAACUGAAACUUCAUACCCAGUGGUAGACUUAACCAGUGGUAAUGAGGGCACUAGCAACUUGCCUAAGUGCCCUGCAAAACCACGAAAGAACACAGGAACCAAAACCAAGAAUGCAAAGGGAGUCACAAAGAGGAAAUUGAGUGGAGCUGUUGAGCCAGUGCCAAAGAGAGCACAGUUAACAAAAUCUGACGAUAGAAUAGGACAAGUAGGCAGCAGCAGCUUCUCAAAAAGCUACCAGUCAAACUCAAAAGAGAGAUCAGUUUCUGAACAGAAGAAAAAGACUCUGUCAUUGCUGGAGAUGAUGGUUGCUGAGGAAAACAGAGGAGAGCUGGAGCUUGAUCUUUCUGAGAAUAUCCCUGGAAAUGCUCUGCUUGUUGCUGAGGCACGCUUCAGGAAGCUCAUCAACAUGAACAUUAUUGGAGUUGUUGGAAUCAACAAAGCUGGACGAUGCAUCAUUGGGACUGUGGAUUCUGAUGAAGCCCUUCAAGUGAUGCACCAGAUUCAAAACAUGAUCAGGAACAGCACCCUUGAUGUAGGACCAAACAUGCGUGAAAUAUUUUUCCCUCCUCCUUAUGUUGGGAUAAGACCAAGGUAUGUUAUGAUCAGAUGCGACUCUCAUUGCAAGUGGGAGAUUGUUGGAGUGGUUCAGAAGAAAGGGCCAGGUAGACCUAACAAAGCUGAAGUCAAGACUAAAGUAAACUCACCUGUAAAGCCACAAGUUCCUCAAGUCAUUGACUUAGAAGAGGAAGAGAAAGAGAAACAGAUAUUAAUAGAUACCUGUGAUGUGAAGCAGGAGCAAGAUGAUUUUGUUGAACCACCUUCACCAGAGGAGAGAGACAGUGGAGCUUGGGAAGGGUCUCUCCCUCUAAUUACAAGUGUUCACAGUGCCUCAGACUCAAAUAUGGCAGAGCUGAUAGGAUCCCCAGAAGCCAUCCAAGAGGAGUUUGAAGAACCUCAAGUAACACAAGUAACACCAACCACUUCAUCUCAUGAUACUUCUCCAGCUACUCAAAAGGCUCUUCCAGAUUUAGUUCCUAUAACUUCACCAUCUAAAGGUGACACACUGUUCCCUGUAGAGGAGCAAGGAGAGAGUUUGUCUUUGGCAGCUCAAGCUAAUGGAAGUGAAAAUGCAUCACAACAAAAGUUGUAUUUUGUGCCCACGGGUUUCAAUGUAUCUACUUCAACUGCAACAACAGUUCCUAGUGUCCUGGGAGAUACACCCAUGAAGUCAAUAACACUGAAUAUAGCAAGUAACAAGGUGUUUGGGAAGAGCCCAGAAAAGUCUCCAUCAUCACCAAGAUCAUAUUCCUUAGGGAAAGUCAGCUACAUUUUGCCAAAAUUACCAGGUUCAGGAACCACUGAUUCUAACAUUCUUCUAUCCAAACAAGCAGAUGCAAAUAAUUCAGAUUCCAAAGUUGAGGAACAAAUUGAUGCAGACAGUGGCCAGAUUCCUUCUUCCAAGAUGCUGUAUAUUCCUGUCACAACUGGUAGUGUCUCCAAAGUACUGCUUGUUCCCACUGUCUCUGGUGCUUCAUCUCGCAUGAUGCUAUUACCCACCAUUCCAGGCAACAGCUCUUUGGAGAAUUCCAGCACAACCAGUACCACCACAACCACAACAACCACAACCAUCACCACCCCCAUCACUAGCAGCACCUCCAGUGCUACUGUUACUACCAGUAAAAUGAAAAUGGUUCUGGUCCCUUCUUCUCAAGAUGGCGGCAAAAUGCUUCUGAUACCAGCUGGUCUAGAAAGUAGUGAUGGUGCUGCUGCCAGCUCAGUUGGAAAUACCUUAGCUGAAGGUGAGAAGAAGAAAAUGUUGGUAUUACCAUCUUCUGUCAUCAAUAAUUUCAUAUCAAGAACAUCAUCAGAGCCAGCAUCAACCCAUCCAUAUCAACAGUCUUGCAAAGGCACUCUUUUAGUACCCUUACCUAAUACAGGAAACCUUUCAAACACCCUCCAACCAAGUGAAAUAGAGAAAUGCUCUAGCAUUCAGGAGGGAGAAAGCAACUCUCAAGAUAGCUCUGAUGAUGUUGUUGUAAUUGAUCCAACAACUGAGAUCCCUACCACUAACAGAAAGAAGACUUUUGAAUCUUGUUCACUGAGUGGAGAUACUCCAUCUUUACUCACAUCCCCCGCUUCCUUUGCAUCCAGCAGUGGAGUUGCUGAAACUAAUGUUGUCUCUUCAUUGACAACUAUCUCAAGCACAAUGCAGAAAAAUAGCUCCUUAGCAGAGGAUGAAAGUGAAUCGAACUCAGAAGUACCAUCACCAGUUAAACAAUCCAGUACAUGUGGACUAAAUUCAUUGUUUAUUAAAACGCAUGAGGAUUUGGUGGCAGACUCAAAAUCUGGUGAAAGAAGUCUUCUGUUGGAACCAGCUAAUGAGUGUGAAAGUGGAAAAGAAGGCGAGAAAGAAUCAACAAAGGUUCAAAGGCAGGAUUCAAGCACUGGAAAAGCCAAGGAUAUGCAAGACCAGAAAAAGCAAGUGUUGAUCAAAAAGAGUGGUUUUCACUGGAGUGCUGUUGACCUUUCCCUCAAUUUUAAAAGUGUCAAAUUAGAAUGGCUCUUAGGCACCAUCAGGAAAAAUGUCUUGAUGAACAUCUACCACAUGUCCAAGAAAACACUCUCACCUGUUACUUUGAGUGUCAAGAAUGGCACAUCAAUAUCCAUGCUGUAUGGGUUUGCCAGGGCCCGUAAGACCAGCACCUUGCCCAUCCUCAUCCUGGGCUCAGUUGUGUCUGCCGUUCUCAGCUCUUCCUCAGUUCCCGAUUCUAUGCUUUUCCAAAUAAAUUCCAUCAAGUAUUUCAUUAGGGAAAACACUGGUGAACUGUCUUCAUACACCUAUUCCAGUGAAACUCAUCUUGUGAAAUUAGCCUCAAAAAAAAGAGGGAAUACAGGAGAAAUGGUUGGAAUUGGUGAGAAAGUUGAAAUUGACAAAAUGAGAGACCCUGAAUAUCAAGAAGCAGGAAAGGCAUAUGAUUCAUUAAAUUUUCCUGGACACACUGCUCAGAUGAAAAAAGACUGCACUUGUUCAGAAGGCUUAGUGUGCCAGGAACAUUGUGUCUCAGCAUCCACAUCAAAACAAACAGUAGAGAGCACACCAUCACAGUACCAUAGUGAAGAUGGCAGUUUUAGAAUGUCAUUUGAGAAUGAGUCUGGGCAUGCCUCCCUGGGCUUUCAAGGCAGUCCAGUGACCAAUAUACAACCUCAAGAAGAUCUAGUUCAGCCACCCAGUGCUACUGAGAAACCCCAGUCAGAGCUUCGUCACUUGUUAACCAAACCCAGGGCUCAGCCCCACAUGAAAAAGCCCAUGGUAAACAAAAAUAUUGAGGGGCUGAGUUCAUAUUCAAAAGGUGAUGAUGAGCCCAAUGCAGUAAAAUUGAUUCCUGAUGGGAAUGUCAAAUUGAAAGUUAGAGGAGAGAGCUCUUCUUCAAUGUCCACUGUAGGUCUUAAUCUGUCAAGCAUGGAACACAUAGAAGAAAUAAUUGUGCCAAAGUUAGAGCAUGAGUCAGAAGAUGAAGUUAUUGAUGUUGAAAUGCUGGGAGACCCAGACUGUACCAAUUCAAUACUGAACAACCUUCGCCAGCAGCUGGAGCAUGAGACAGUGGAAGCAGUACAAAAGUAUGCAUACGUUCCACCAUGUAAAGAUGGCAAGAGGAAGACAAAGCUUCUUCAGGAAGUACCACCAUUGAAGAAAGCCAAAACAAAUGCAUUGAGUGCAGAGCAGCCCUGGCCCACUGGUGCAUCUCCCUCAGUGGUGGAGCGGCCCUGCCCUCGAUCAAAGAAGAGUUUAGAGGCAGUGAAGAAGACAAGAAAAGGAAUAAAGCUGAAGUACCUGAGUUUAGAAGACAAGCUGAAGGUGUUAGAGCGAGUGGAUAGUGGUGCAACCAUGCAGAUGGUGUGUGUUGAAUUUGGUGUGAAGCCCAGCACUUUCUACGAUAUCAAAAAGAAUCGAGACAAGAUUCGGCAGCAGCUUCUCUUGGACAAUGGCAGCAGUAAGGUGAGGAAGGUUGAUUUCAUCGAGGCCAUGGAAUCAUCAGGGGUGGAGGAACAUGAGGACACGGAUGCUGCAGAGUCUUCAUCUAGGUCCUCAACUCAUCUGGCUUACCUGCAGCCAUCACCUGAAGAUUCCUCUAUCAUGAUGGAUGAUGAUCUUGAUAGUCUCACCGUCCCAAAGGGAAAAACAAAUGCACACAAAGCCAGGCAUUUACAAUUGAUGGCUGCCUUAUCUCAGAACAAGCAAAAGGCAAAAGUGCUAUUUGAUGAAGGCCAAAACGACGAACGAAACUCUGAACUUCACAACAAGUUAGAAAGGAUGAGAAGAAAAGUGAUGCGGCAUCUCUUUUUGUACCUCCAGAGUGUUAUUGUUAGAGUACCAAGAAAUCCUUUAGUGAAAAACACACUUGUACAUCCUAAGAAAUCAGUUCUCAAUGCAGGAACAAAAGUUUGCGAAAUAUUGAGGAGUGAUGAGCAGCGGCUGAUAAUGGAGGAGGAGAAAGUUCGCAGUGAAAGGAGUAUCCUUAUAAAACACCUAGCAGGAAUUAUUGGAGACAGUACUGAAGAGAUAAAAGUAAAGUGGAGGAAUUGGGUGAAGGAACACAUGCAAAAUCCAACAGCCAAACAUACGUUUGAAAGCACAUGGCAGCCAUUCCGUCUUAUGGAAGAUAUUUUGAAGAAUGUUGUUGAGGAGAGUACUUUUGACAUGGAUUAUGAUGAGGGAAGUCCCCUGCCUGGUCCCUCGUCCCCACAAAGUGGUGGAGAGAAAGUAGUUCAACAGAAAGUGAGACGACAGCCUGUGAAAAGAGUCUGCAGGAAGAGAAAAAGGAAAGUUGGCCGUCCCCAGAAGAUAUUGGUGAACACUGGCCAAGGCUCUGCUGAGCCUGAACCCAUUGCUCCAUUACCCACCAGCAUUCUCCUCAUGGCAGGAACCAGCUCUCGUGGUAGAAAAAUUGUCCGCAAAGAGGAUACAAAUUUUGUAACAUCAUGAGAAGGUUACAGAAUCUUGUAUGAUAGUUCCUUACAAAUGUGGUUAAUAAAUUAGAAUUUUCAUUACAUAGCUCAGAGGACAAUUGCACUCUUAAGAAUCUGAUACUUUUUUUCAUAGCAAGUUUUUAGAAAUGUGUUCCAGGUUAACUAAAUUAUCUUAAUCUAGAAUUUAAUGUCUGUUCUUAAUCUUAAAUUACCUUUAAUAUUAAUUUGUCAUUAAUAUUAGUCCUCAGAUGCGAUGCUAAAGGAAACUCGAUAGACUUUGUAAAUGUACAAUUGGCCAUUUUGCCCUCUCCAUGUGCCAUCUUAUUCAUCUUUCCCAUAACUUCAUCACACACUCCUAUUUAUAGUGACAAUUAUAGUGGCAAUUGCAGUCUGACAUUUUGUUGUGCAUUGCUCAAUUAUUGGUAUGCAAGUGGAGAUGCAUUUGUAGAAGCUAGGGAGCAAUUGUUGCAGACAGGAUAGUUUCAUUUUCAUUUUUUCUCUCUCCCAGAAAGACAUUCAUUUAGUAGUCAUGAGACAUGUAUUGUGUGUGAUACAGGCACAAGGUCUCGUGUAUAUCAGCUAGGGUUGUUGUGCCCUGCUGUGUGUGAUUGUCAGAUGACCAUUGCUAUCAGUGAUUCAGUACCAAAGAUUUUUAUACUAUAAAAAACUGUUUGUAUAUAAUUACUGUUCAUAACUUGAUUAUCGAUAAGAAGACACGGACAGUUUGUAUUCAUAUUGUAUCUGUUACUAAGUGUAUAACUAAUGAUAGAGCUUUGGAGGAAUUAUCAAUACAGUAAGUGAAUCAAGGUUGCUAGUGGUCCAUGUUUCUAGAAAAGAAAGAAACUUGCUCUUGGUGCUCUCAAGAUCCAUCCCUUUCAAAAUGUGAGUAUUCCUGUUUGGUGUAGUGGAUGGACUACAGAUUAAGUUUUGUUGCAAGAAUAUAAAGAAGACAAAUGUACGUGGUCUGCCUAUAAAGAAUAGCUAUGACAUUUUAAUUUUAUUAAGUCUGUCAGCAAUACUUGUAAUUUAAGGGUUCCUCUUUUCUUUGAGCAUCAGGUUGGCAUCAUAUUGACAACAUGUACAUAGGAAGUUCAUAUUGUAUUGAAAUGAUUGUUGGCCUGUUUCUCAAAAGUUCAGUGGAGCAGAAACCAACACUGUUUUAUUUUGUAAUAUAAUUUCUAUAUUUUCA